AUGUCGUCGUCUGCCGUCGAUGUUGAUGAGGUCGAGGCCGAACCUUCUAGUAGGGUUCGCGAUCAUCAACCCAUCUCACCCACGUCGCAAACUCGCUUCCGCCCGAGAAGCAAACAUGUCAACCUCAACGCCAAUGUCGAAGCAAGAAUCGAGAAUCCGCUUUCCGGCCUGGCCGUCCGAACGCUCCUGCGCGCCGUUGACGAAUUUGUUCGCGACAAGGGACUCGAAGAGCAUCGCGCUGUGAUUCGAAAGGGCGCUCUCGUUGCCCGGGACCCCACUGGUUAUGAGGAUAUUACGGGCGAGGAGGCUCUGACCGAGGUGGAAAUAGAUGCUCUCCGCGAUGAAAUUCUCCACAAGUGGCGUAUCAGUAAUGUGCUCUUUUUGACCGUGGUUAGCUGCUCUAUUGGGGCGAUCGUUCAGGGAUGGGACCAAACGGGGACGAACGGUGCAACCGUAUCAUUCCCCGGGGCCCUUGGGAUCGGCGGUGACAGCAUAAACGACAAGCUGCUCGUUGGUCUCGUCAACGCAGCUCCUUAUAUCGGUACUUCUCUCGUUGGGUGUUGGUUAUCGGAUCCUAUCAACAGUUUAGUAGGACGCCGGGGUACCAUUUUCUUUGCUGCAAACUUCUGUCUUUGGCCUGUUGUGGGAAGUGCCUUUUGCAAUACUUGGCAGCAGCUUUUGAUAUGUCGCUUGUUGAUCGGGAUUGGGAUGGGCACGAAGGCUUCUACUGUCCCGAUCUUUGCUGCUGAGAACUCUCCGGCGCCUAUUCGUGGUGCUCUUGUCAUGGGCUGGCAGCUUUGGACCGCUUUCGGCAUAUUCUUGGGAACUUGCGCGAAUCUUGCCGUCUCGUCUUUCGGCCCAGAGGCAUGGCGAUAUCAGCUCGGCUCUGCCGUGAUUCCAGCGGUUCCUCUGGCCAUAUUGAUAUAUUUCUGCCCGGAAUCCCCGCGUUGGUAUAUGAAGAAGAACCGCUACCGAGAUGCGAUGAAAUCACUUCUUCUUCUGCGAAACAAUGCAGUUCAGGCGGGCCGCGAUCUAUACUAUAUUCAUGUUCAACUCGAAUUGGAACACCAGUUCAUGGGUAAAGGCAACUAUUUCAACCGAAUCAUCGAACUCUUCACGAUUCCUCGAAUACGUCGGGCCUCCCUUGCGGCGUUUACCGUUAUGAUCGCCCAGCAAAUGUGUGGCAUUAACAUUAUUGCUUUCUAUUCAACGACGGUGUUCAAGGACGCUGGAGCUAAUGACUUCGAGGCCCUUUUGGCCUCGUGGGGAUUCGGCCUCAUCAACUUUCUAUUUGCAUUUCCUGCCAUUUGGACCAUUGACACAUUUGGCAGACGAUCGCUCCUCCUUUUCACCUUUCCCCAGAUGGCGUGGACGCUGAUGGCUGCUGGCCUGUCCACGCUCAUCCCGGGAAAAGGGGGUGCACAUUUGGGGAUGGUGGCCUUCUUCGUCUAUUUAUACGCCGCCUUUUACUCACCUGGAGAAGGCCCAGUUCCCUUUACGUAUGCUGCAGAAGUUUUCCCUCUCUCGCAUCGAGAAAUCGGGAUGGCCUCGGCUGUCGCAGCAUGCCUAUUUUUCGCUGCGGUUGUAUCCAUUACUUUCCCACUCAUGUUGCUAAGACUUGGCGUCCUUGGAUCAUUCUUUUUCUACGCUGGCUUCAACGUCAUAGCCCUGUGUAUGAUCUUUCUCUGGCUCCCGGAAACAAAGCAACGAACCUUGGAAGAACUGGACUAUAUUUUCGCAGUGCCAACGCGCGUCUUUAUGCACUACCAGAUAACCAAGGCCCUGCCAUGGUGGAUCAAGCGCUGGAUUUUCCUCGACAAGAGGGCCACUCUUGAGCCCCUUUAUCAGCUUGAUAACGGACCAAUUCCUGAAGCCGAGGAAGCAGACAACAGCUAUGAAAAUGAGAAGUCAAGAGUCGAGAUGAAAGACUUGGUUGGAUAUCCCGCUACGACACACCAUUCUCACUCCAUAUAG